AUGCCGGCUUACCCGCAGAUUUCGAAGCAGUUGACAGCUCUUUCUGCUCUCCCUGCUCUCCCUCCCCCGCGCGGAUUCCAGCACCUCACCCUUCAUCUCAUCUCCCAUCAGCACUCUGCUCUCCCUGCUCUUUCUGCUCUCCUUGCCCACGCUGCUCGCCCUGCGCGCCCUCCCCCGCGCAGGUUCCAGCACCUCACCUUCCACCGCCCCAUCUGGGAGGCGCGCGACGCGCCGGUGGCGGGGCAGACGGGGCUGAUCGAGGCGCUGCUGUUCGAGGUGGGCGACCGCGCGCGCAUCGGCCACACGUCGCCGACGGGCACGCGGUCGUUCUGCUGCACGCCGGAGCUCGUGCGCAAGACGGGGUGCAACCCCGGCCACCUCAUCGUGCGCCCGCGCGACGACGACAGCAAGUGGCCGCGCGUGGUGGAGAUGCACUUGAUGGGCAACGACAGCGCCGUGGAGGGUGCUGUGCUGCUGAGCCCAGUAAGGGGUGCGCAUGCAAGUGGCGUCUCCUUCUCUCCUUGCCUCCUCGCCUCCUUGUCCCCCCCCACGCAGUGGCCGCGCGUGGUGGAGAUCAACUUCAUGGGCAACGACAGCGCCGUGGAGGCAGCAGCAUCGGAGAUGCACAUAACGCGGACGGGCAUGUACUACCUGUGGUUCGUCAUCUGCGAUAAGAACCUGGCCGAGGUGUCCGUCACGGGCGGCACCGUGUGGAAGAACCCCUCCGGCUACCUGCCCGGCAUGAUGACGCCCUACCUCAACUUCUUCGGCGCCAUGUCCAUCGUGAGCGCCGCUUAUCCAUUGCUAGUCCUCCCUUCCAUCACGAGCCGAGCUGCUGAAAUCACCCCACUGCUUGCAGCGUACCUGCUGCUGGGCCUGCUGUGGCUGGUGCAGUACGCGCGGUUCUGGAGGGACGUGCUGCAGCUGCAGCACUGCAUCACAGCGGUGCUGUUCCUGGCCAUGGUGGAGAUGGCGGCGUGCGUGGGCGCCGUGCGCAAGGCCGUGUCGCGCGUGCUCAUCCUCGUCGUCGCCAUGGGCUUCGGUGUCGUGCGGCCCCACCCUCGGGGGGCUCUCGGGCAAGGUGCGCUGGCGAGAGGGGGUGGGUGGGACGGGGUUGCUGUGCUGAACCUCGUGGUCGCCAUGGGCUUUGGUGUCGUGCGCCGCACCUUGGGGUGGGGGGGAUCUCAGGCAAGGUGGUGGCACUGGGAGGCGGCGUACCUGGUGGCGGCGGAGGGGCUGGACGUGAUGCAGAACGUGGGCGCCAUCGACGACCUCAGCAGCGGCGAGCGCGUCAUCCUCGUGCUGCCCGUCGCCGUGCUGGACGCCGCCUUCAUCCUCUGGAUCUUCACCGCCCUCUCCAAGACGCUUGCCACAGCUGCAGGCGCUGUGUGGGUGGUACAUGCUGGGUGUGUGGCUGUCAUGGCAUGGGGCGGGGAGGGAGCGGCUUCAAAGCAAAGCGCACAACACACAAGCUGGAGCUGUACCGGCGCUUCACCAACAUGCUCGCCCCUCUCCGUCCUCAUCUCUGUCGCCUGGAUCGCCUAUGAGAUCUUCUUCAAGGUGACGGAUCCGUUCAACGAGCGGUGGCAGGCGGAUUGGAUCACGGGGUGCUUCUGGCACGUGCUCACCUUCGCCCUGCUCUGCAUCAUCUGCAUCCUCUUGGGCGCCCCUCCCAGGCCUCCACCAGGUAUUGCUUAUUCGGAGGAUGCUCCCGAUGAGGACGAUGAAACGGUGGCGCUCACCAAGGCGGUUGCAACAGCAGCAGGCGAGGCAGAGGACGGAAUGGAGGAAGAUGAAUUGGAGCAAGGAAAGCUGGAAUAA